UCAAAAGUGAGAGAGAGAAAAGACGUGUUAAUAACAGUAAGUUACGAAUAAAUGGUACCAAAGUCUCCAUUCAUCUUCGAUCCAACUUAAGUCUCGUUGACUUUUUAAUCUCCAAAUCCCAAAUCUCAGAGAGUUUCACAGAUCCAAACCCCCUUCCCCAAUGGAGUCGAUUAACACCUUGAAAGGCUACGGCAAAGUAUCCGACCAAGAAAACCAGAUUCCUCCAUCAUCUCCACUUCCCAAACCAUCAUCCCGCAAAACCCUCGUCGCCAUCGUAUCCCUCCUCUUGAUCCUCGCUAUCGUCGCCUUAACAGCCGGAGUCUUCACUCGUCCUCCUUCCCACAACCCUCCCCCCUCCAACUCUCUCAAGGCAGUCUGCGCCGUGACUCCUUACCCACAGACCUGCCUCGAUGCUCUCUCCUCCUCCUCUCUCAAAGAAUCCGACCCCGAGUCAAUCCUCGAGCUAUCUCUCCGGAUCGCUUCCGAGAAGGUCUCAGCCUUAUCCGUGUCGUUCCGGUCGAUCGACGAUGUGCCCGGGGAGGAGCCGGCCGUCAAGGACUGCGCGAAGCUCUACGCGGACGCGGGGAGUCAACUGAACGAGACGUUGUCGGAGAUCGUGGCGGAGAAGAAGGGAGGAGGGAAUUGGAUGACGGAGAAGGUUGUUGGAGACGUUAAGACUUGGAUCAGCGCGGCCAUGACUGACGGCGAGACUUGCUCCGAUGGGCUUGAGGAGAUGGGAACUGUUGUGGGGAACGAGAUCAAGAGAGAGAUGGUGAGGGUUAAUCAGAUGAUGAGUGUUUGCUUGGCCAUUGUCAGCCAGAUGAAGAAGCUUCUCCUGGUUUUCCACUAAAGGUUUCAACUUUUUCUCUUUUUCUUUCUUUCUCUGUUUUUGUCAAUUAUCGAAUUCACAAGUGUGUCUUGUUCUCUGUUCCUGUUUGUAAUUAAAUACUAUUCCCUCUGUUUCAAAAUAGAUGAAGUUUUAGGAUUGUGCACGAUUA